AAUAUUCAUGUUGUGGGUGCAUGCAAAGGAUAGAGUUUGAGAGGAUGCAAAGGAGUGUGCUGUUGUGGGUGCAGGCAAAGUGGACGCAUGCAAAGGAAAGAGAUUGAGGAUGCAAAGGAAUAUGUGGAUGCAUGCAAAGGAUGGAGUUUGGGAGGAUGCAAAGGAAUGUACAUGUUGCAGAUACAUGUAAUGGGAAUGCAUGCAAAGGAGAAAGUUUGAGAGGUUGCAAAGAAUGAGGAUGCAUGCAAAGGAAUUUGAAUGUUUUGAAUGCAUGCAAAGGAUAGUGUUUGACAGGAUGCAAAGGAAUGUGAGUGUUGUGGAUGCAUACAAAGUGGAUGUAUACAGCGGAUAAGGUUUGAGAGAUUGCAAAGAAAUGUAGUUGUUGUGGGUUCAGGCAAAGUGGAUGCAUGCAAAGGAGAGAGUUUGAGAGGAUGCAAAGGAAUGUGGAUGCAUGCAAAAGAAUGUGGAUGUUGAGGAAAGGCAACCCCAAGCUGCAAGCCCAGGUUGGGGAGGGGUCCUCCCUGUCCUCCAACACAGGAAUCUCACUGGAGGGUCCACUCUAUAAAGAUGCUUUCUUCCCCUGCAAUUUAUUAUUUGCAAUGGGGGACUACGCUUCCCAGCAUGCCUUCCUCCAUGACAGCUUGUUUGUGAUUGGCUAAGAUGCGUUCUGGUUGGAACUCUGCAUGUGGCUGCUGCUGCUGCUGCUGCUGUGCUAAGAGGAAGGCAGUCUUUUGCUGGCUCUCUAUGUAUGUAUAUAUGAGAAAAGUUCCUGAUGUAAAAGGCACUUCUAACAUCCCCAUGGUGUUUAUUGAUAUGGAAAACAAGGAAAAUGGAUCCCUGGACACAGAAAACUUGGUAGAGAAUGGAAGACCUCCUGAUCCAGCUGACUGGGCUGUUACAGACGUAGUUAAUUAUUUCCGAACAGUGGGCUUUGAAGAACAAGCAAAUGCUUUCCAAGAACAGGAAAUCGAUGGAAAAUCUUUACUGUUGAUGACAAGGAACGAUGUGCUGACUGGACUUUCAUUAAAACUUGGACCUGCCCUGAAGAUCUAUGAAUAUCACAUCAAGCCUCUACAGACACAACAUCUCAAGAGCAGUUCUCUAUAAUGGACUAUCCUACUGGGACCAUGUUGUAUCUCUGCUGUUCAAAAUAAAUAAGCUACAUUCGUUUCAUAUUGAUGGACCUUUAUAAAAAGACAGUAUGUGCACAUAGAGAAUUUAAACCAAAUCGCACUGAUGUAGUUAAUAUAUGUAUAUCCUAUUGGAUAGCUUUAGCAAUAUGCUAUAUGGUGAUAAUUGAACUGAUGGGGGAAUAGAAUUUCUCAUUGUUCAGGUAUGUGACCAGCUAAAUAUUCUUUUCUAGAAGAGGCUAUAUUUAAAGGAAAGGCAAGUAAAAAAGAAGAGUAGUACUUAAUAUGAAAGCUAGGCAGAAGCACUGAUUUUUUAAAAAAUACUGUUUAAACCUCAAUAUGCUAGCCGCCAUACAAAUUAUUUUGCCCAAAAUUCAUUGGAACACAAUAUGCCCUUUCACAAUUCUUCGUUAUUUUAGUGGUGUUUGAGACCUAUUUCACAAUGGAUUUUACUGUAAUUUGAAAAGAGCUUUUAUGUUUGGCUCAGCAAAAGAUCCCGGUUUUCAAGCUACUAAAGUGAUUCCUCUGGUAAUAUGAGUAAGAGAUUUUGAAUUGGCCUCCCCCAUCUCUUUUUUGUAGAGGGAUUCUAGUUUUGAUUAAGGUUUGUUCACAGCAUAUUGAAAUGUUUUAACAUGGUGCAUGCCGAGUAGGCUAGCAUCUUUUGAUGGCAGCACUUAAAGGUUAUGGCAUUCCCGCUGUUGUUUCUAGGUUGUGCUAAUGUUUGUUGAAUUUUAAAGGGCCUUUUGUGAGAGGUACAUUUUUAACUGUUUGCAUUGCUUUGUGAGAGAAAGUUUGUUUUGUUCUUGUUCUAAUUUAUAACUUAUUGACUAAUAGUUUUGCUGAAGAAGUGUAAAAAUUGUAAAUCUCUGCAUAUUUUUAAAAUACAGUGUUCUGUGGUGCUGUAACAAAUUAUUUUGCUAUGUGACUUGGCUCAUGAGCCCAACACCAGUUUCUGAAAAACUAAAGAAUGCUGGGUUAUGACUGUGAAUUUCUGUUAAAGGAAGACUCUAGUUCAAGACUUGUUCUGUCAACAACAAUGUUGAUAUACUUCAAUUAAAUUUGGGUUUGAACCUUUUUUCA